AUGCUGUUUGAAUAUGUGCCAGGUGGCGAGCUUUUUUCAUAUUUACGCAGUGCGCAACGAUUCUCCAACAGCGCCAGUCGUUUCUAUGCCUCUGAAAUUGUGCUUGCUCUGGAAUACCUACACUCCAAUAAUAUUGUCUACAGGGAUCUCAAACCAGAGAAUCUGAUGUUAACAGAGAAUGGGCACAUGAAGCUAACUGAUUUUGGCUUUGCGAAAGUCAUCAGUGACAGGACAUACACUCUAUGCGGUACUCCAGAGUAUCUGGCGCCCGAGAUAAUCGAUGACCAAGGAUACGGUACUGCGGUCGAUUGGUGGUCGCUGGGUAUUCUGAUUUAUGAGAUGCUGGUUGGUGUGCCACCAUUUCGAGGCGACUCACUCUCGGAUAUCUAUGCGGAGGUGAUGACUGGCCGAGCGCGUUUUCUCAGAAAUAUGGAUCUCUCGGCUAAGUAA